AUGAAGACGAAGCCCAUGAAGCUCAUGCCCAAGGCAAAAGCUAAGGCAAAAGCCAAGGCCAAAGCCAAGGCGACACCAAAGGCGAAGGCUUCCUCCUCGAUGAGUUCGGGCAAAGGCAUGAAGCGACCCUCGGCUUUGCAGGACUUGCAGGAGAACAUCGACAAGGCCAAGGAGACGGACGAUGCUUUGGAUGCCCAGCACAGGGACAAGGGGAAGGCCAUCAAGUACCAGAAACAGAAGGCCGACCUCCCGCCCUAUGUUAUUUCGCUCAUAGAGGAGGAGACUAAGAAAUCCUCGUCGCCUCGGCAGGCCAAGACCAACUUGAUCAACAAGUUGUAUCGGAAAGAGAGCGAUGGGACUCUCUCAUUGCAGCUCAAAGACCCCACCUUCCUGGAAGCGCAAAAAAUCUACAACCGGAAGUACAAGCGGACCGAGGACGAGGCGAUCCCCGAGUCCUUGAUGCUCGGUCUCUACUUUCAUGGGGACAAGGGGGCCUUCGAGGCUGCACAGCGGAAAGGCGAGGUGUUCAAAGUGACAGAGAAGGGCAGCGACGUGGACUUCUUUGCAUUCAGAAAGGUCGUGAUUGGAUCCGAAGAUGGCAAGGAGACAAAUCACCAGGCGAGUUCCCAGAGGAAAAUCUCGAGCCAGGACCUGGAGGCACUGAAGUCGGCAUUCCGCACCCUGAAAUGGAGCUUCAAUUUCAACACGGUCGACUCCACGGUUGGCGAGGCCGGCGAGCUUUCCGAGGAGGCCCAAAGCCUGCUGAAGCAAGCAAUUUCGGCGAUGGAGAAGCUGACCCGAGAGAGCAAAGGCUUGAUUACCAGCUGGAGCGGCAGUGCCGAUCAAUUGAAGGACCUGAAGGCUGCAUACAGCAAGGGCUUGCACACCUCUUCCCAGCUCUCGCACAUCCAGGAUCUAUCCUCGUUCGCCGACGGCACGAAGGUGACGAAGACUUCAUUCUUCAGCUUCAUCAAGGAGGUUGCGGCUGAGAUGGAACAAUUCAACAUUAUUUUGAUGAGAUGCAAGGGCGAGGCGAAGGCCCGAAAGUAA